CAAAUGAAUAGAUGAAGGAGAUCGUGACAGCAGGAAAAGAAAGCUUCAUUUAUAGGGGUAGCCAGACAGGAAAAAAAAGCUUCAUUUAGAGGAUUUGUGGAAGAGGAGGAGCCCAUUUGGGGAGAGAAAAGGAUAUUUGGAGAAAAAGAUUGUUGUUUUAUCCGCUGGAUUCAUUCUGAAUCUUGAUUUCCGGCGAGCCUCUUCUUCUUCUCCGGCGAGUUAUGCUAUAGCGACCUCUGAUGAGAUAUCUGAUUGGAUUUCUUCAUCUGGGUCAAGCUGAAAUUCUGAUUCUAUUCCAGUGAUGGACAGAAACAGAGAAGCCAGAAGAGCUAGUAUCGUCGGCUCCAAUGGCUUCAACCGCCGCCGCCACCGAACCAACAGCCUCAGAGACUCUCCAGAUGAAGAUGUGGAGUUGCAGGAAUCAGUGAGGUUAAGAGAUAGAAUGAAGAAAGAUCGGGAUCGAGAGAGGGAGAGGGACAGGGAGAGGGAAAGGGAGAGGGAGAGGGACAGAGAGAGAGAUUUGAGAGAAAGGUCUAGCCGGAGUAAGAGGAGAAGAGGCGGAGACGAGACUUCGGAAGAGAGCAUCAAUGAUGAAGAAGACGAAGAAGAUGAAGUGAACGCCGGCGGCGUGAGGUUGCUGUCGCAGGCGGUGGGUUCCGUCCCCAACCACCACCACCAUAGCAGUAGUUUUAGUCAACCGCAACAGAACAAUACUGUAAGUAGCAAUCACCAUCUCCAGCACAGGAAAACCUUUCCUCCUAUUUCUUCAACGGCGGCCAAGGUUUCUAAAGCGCCGCCGGAAAUGAUGAGCGCUCCCGUUCCUAGAAAGGCACGCUCCGCAUCCACGAAGAGGUCUCACGAUUGGAUUUCAAUCAGCAACAACAGCGGCGGAGAGCUGAAUCAUGGGAGCUCUCCGGCGAGACAAGCGGCGACGCCUGUGCCGGCGGCUCCGAUGUCUCCGUCAUCUUCCAAUGCUUCCAUGAGAAAGAAGCUUAAGCAGACUGUGAACAACUCUGGGCCGAAGCUGAAGCCGCCGAAAGUGGCAACGGCGUCCGCGUCGAAGCCAAGCUCUUCGAAUCCGGAGGAGUUGGAGAUUGAAAUCGCGGAGGUGUUGUAUGGUUUGAUGACUCAAUCACAAGCCCCUUCUUCAUUGAAAAAGGAGGAGUCUAGAGAAAUCAAGCGCAAUUCAUCGCCGAUUUCUAAUUCCCCUUCGGCCAAUAAUCCCAAUUUGGGAUCCAAUUCUGGGCCCCUUUCAGCUGUCGCUCCGAAGAGGAAGAGGCCGCGGCAGAUUCCGGAGAACUCAAGCCACGGCGCUCGUAGCAGCCCCGUUCCGGCGAAGCUCGACGCAGAUCAGACGCCGAAGUGCGAGAUUCCAUCCCCAGAGAAAAUCUCAGGACCCGCAGUUGAAAAUGUGCAUGAAAUGGCUACCAAUUCGGUCGAUCCACAGAGGCAGGCGGCGGCGGCGGGGUCAGUGUCGGAGAUGAAGCCUGUGGCUGAAGAAUUAAGAGAGAGCAAUUCCGUCGCGAAGGAAGAGAUAAAGUCGCCGAAGGAAAAAGAAUCUCCUGCGUUGAGAGCAGCGGUUAACCAAAACGGAGAUUCACCGGCGGCGGCACCUUCACCGGCUGCGGCGACUACUAAAACCAAUUUUGCGGAUUAUCGGAAGGAAGAGAAGUUCGAAAUAGAUCUUAUGGCGCCGCCGCCACAAGCAAAAUCUUCUCCGGAUAAAGAAGCAAAGAUUGAUCUGAGGGGUUCGCCGGUGGAUCAAAAGCCGGUUGUUCCGGCCACCGAUACAAAUUCGAAGGCGGUGAGAGAUCAAGCCAACGAAAAUGACAGAAUUGGGGCAGGGAGUGAUCAAGAAAUAAAGGUGCUAGAAGAAAGGGAAUCAAAGGAGAGGAAUGUAGAUUUGCAUCUUAACUUGGAGAAGUCAGAAAGAGAUGACGGUGAUGGAGUUACUGCAGCAAACAAAUCGCAGUUGUUGACUCCGAAGCAGCAGCAGCAGCAGCAGCUCACUGAGAAAUCUGGUCACUCAACGAGCUCUUUGCCGUUGCCAAUGUCGAUGGGGAAUUGGCCCGGUGGGCUUGCUCCGAUGAGCAGAUAUAUGGCUCCGUUGCAAGAAAUUGUGUCAAUGGAGGGAGGAGGGGCAGUUGCGCCUGGACAUAUUCAGCCGUUGUUCUCUCAGCCCCGACCAAAACGCUGUGCUACACAUUGCCACAUUGCUAGGAAUAUACAUUACCUCCAACAGUUCAUGAAGAUGAACCCCUUCUGGCCUGGACCGGCUGGCUCGGCUUCUUUAUUCGGGGCAAAGCCUUGCAAUCUUAACUUCAUACCAGGAAUGGAGUUGCACGGGAAUGUUGCUGUCAGAGGUGCUCAGGAUAAGGCCCAGAAUGCCCCCAUUCCUGUCGGGAAGGAGAAGGGUUCUCAACCGGCCAGUACGUCAGAUUCUGCUCAGGGAAAGCAGCAGAUUCUUAUCCAGCAAGCAUUGCCUCCCGUUGCUCCUAGUAAUUUGCUGGGGCCUACUUUCAUCUUCCCCUUGAGCCAGCAGCAAUCGGCAGCACCACGGCCUAGUGGAACCAAAUCACCGGCUGCUGGUGUUUCUUCCAAUACCUGUAGCUCUGGUGUUACGAAUUCCACUUCAGCAGGUGCAGUGAGCUUCAACUAUCCGAAUAUGCCUUCUAAUGAGACGCAGUAUUUGGCGAUCCUACAGAACAACGGGUACCCGUUUCCCAUACCGGCUGCUGCUGUAGGUGCCCCCCCGAAUUACAGGGCUACCCCAGGCCAGGCGCUGCCUUUGUUCAACGGUUCAUUCUACUCGUCUCAGAUGAUUCAUCCUUCGCAACUUAAGCACGCGCAGCCAUCAUCCAUCCAGUCACAGCUGCUGCAAGCUCACCAAAAUGCAAGCCAAUCCAGUGGUGGUUCCUCGACUUCACAGAAGCAUUUGCAGGGCCAGCAUCCGAGAAUGCAAACUGGCGGCGGCGUCUCCAGUGGUUCUGGAACUGCUAGCUUGCAGAACAUGCCGUCCCAGAAAUUGCAGUCAUCCCAGCAGCAGUUGCAACAGGGUCUCAGCCAAUAUGUGCACCAAUCACGGGCAAGGCACCUUGAGGGGGAACCAAGUAGGGAAGACAGCCCAUCAAUGGCUGAAAGCCGGGGUUCUCGAGCCUCUAUGAACAUAUAUGGCCAGAAUUUCGCAAUGCCAAUGCACCCGCAGAAUUUCGGGUUGAUGACUCAUCCUGCCACUUUGGCUGGUGUUGGCGGUGGUGCAGCGAGUGCUACGAGCGCGAGUAGUAAUCAUGCUGACAAGAAGGGGCAGCACGGAUCCAAGCCUGGACCGGAGUCCUUGCCUGCAUCACAUAGCUUUGCGAUGAGUUUUGGUACUGUCAAUGGAACCAGUGGAGGCCCGGGCAUUGAUGUGGCAUCCAUGGCUCAGAAUCACGCUCUGUUUCAUAGCUCCUCAGAAGCUACGAGACAGAAUAUGCAGAUGAUGGCUGCUGUUCAGGCUGCCCAGAAGAAGAAUUUCCGAAUUUCAGAUGAUGGUAAAUCUGCUGGUGUCGAUUCCCAUGCCACAGAAGAACGUAAGAUCUUGACUGGAAAGGCAAUGGGUGUUGGUGGUGGGCAGCAAUCCAUUGCAUUCACAAGGUCGGACUUGACUACUGAUGGGCAUGUUUCGUCGUCUAUUCAGGCAAACAACGUGAUUGAGAGCUCCACACGGUCUAUAAAUGCUGCUGCUUCUGGUGCACCUCGCAGUUCCCGUUCCAAUGCUGUGAAUGUUCAGAAUGCUCACAGCAUUCAAGCUCAACUUCAGCAACAGCAAAAUCUGCAGCUUAAGCAUCAGCAGCAGCAGCAGCAGCAGCAGCAGCAGCAGCAGCAACAACAACAGCAACAACACCAGCACCAGCAGCAACUGAAGCAACACAUGGCAGCAAACUCAGGUAGUCUGCAACAGCAACUGAAGCAGCACAUGGCAGCAAAUUCGGGUAGUCUGCCGCAGCACAUGACAGCAAAUGCAGUUAGUCGACAGCAGCAUUUCAAUUCAUCUUCAACCAUGGGUUUGAAGUUUCCGAGUGGACUCUCUGGCUUCCCGACAAAUCUUGUCAAGAGCAACAGCAGCAGCCCCUCCCAGUCCCCACAAUGGAAAGGCUCCGGUAGAAAUCUGUCACCCCAAACCUCCUCUGCAACCACUGCGACUCUAAAAAACCUUCCUCAGCAGCAUUCUCAGACUCAAAUAUCCUUCGGAGGAAAUCAGAAACCAUCAACAGGUUCUCAAGGGCAAGCUCAUCCAAGCAACAACCAGACUUCGUCUUCCCCUAUGAUGGUAGGCUCUCCCACGGCCUCUUCAGUCUCCAAAGGAGCCAGUGGGAGCCCAAGAACAGCUUCAUCUGCUUCUACGAACAACAAAACAAGCCAAGCGCCAUCUUUGUCAGCACAGCCUACAAAGAACGCUCCAUCCGGUCCUAACCAGAAGUCUCCAUCAAUUCUGGGGAACCUUCAUGUAGCUUCUGCCUCUUCUGGAAGCAUACAGAAAUCUCAAAUUCAACUGCAAUCUCAGCAGCAGAUGCCUAAAACAAUGCAGCAGCAACUAUUCUUCUCAAAUCCGUAUGCUCAAUCCCAGUGUCCGCAUUCUUCCAGUAAAAGCUCAACCACACCUGGGGUCAGUGGAUAUUAUAUGCCGCGAAGACAGACAGACCAACAGCAGCAGUCACCAAGUGCUCCGGUGACAUCAGCUGGGUGUUUGUCUUUAUUGGGUGGUGCAAACACGAAUGAUCCAGCUACAGCAAUUGCAGCAGCCACUGCUAACGCAAAGGGUAGUGGAUUGCCUUCACAGGGUAUAAUCCAUGCACCACAGUUUGCUGCGAAGGCUGCUGGUAGCCUGUUGCCAGCUGGCUUUUCUUACGCACAUCCCGUUCCAGCUGCUGUUCAGGUGAAGCCUACCGAGCAGAAACAACCUGAUGGAAAUGACAAUUUAAAUCCAUGGCAGCCUGAGAAAAAGUGAAAGGUGCUGAUGAUGCUAUGAGUCCCAGGAGGGAGGGAGAGUUGGGACAGGCACUUGCUGGAAGAAUGAGGAGGAGGUGUCAAGAAGGGAGAGGAUGGAUGGAGCUCGUACUGCGUGCUCACGCCCCUAUCAUUCAUCAGGUAAACAUGCUGAUGAAACAGUGAAGUGUUUUCGUGCUUUUGAAAGUCGGGUGGGGAAGAAUGAUCAAUUUUUUGGUGGACAAGAACAAAAUUUUAGAUGUUAGAAGACUGAGUAGCUUCUUGUUUUGGUUAGAAUAGUGGAGGUUCUUUGAUCAUAUUUGUAUCUUCCUCAACUACUCUCCUGCUUGGAAAUAUAUUUCCCCAGAAAAAAGGAGAGAGAAAGAAAAGAAAUUAUUCUGAAAACCAAAAAGGAAAGAUUUUAGUUUUGGAUAUAUAUGUAUGUAAUGGAGGGCUUGCAUAUGUAUAUGUGGUAGCUGUGUAAGAUAAGCCCUCACUCCUUUUCUGUUAUUUCCUUCAAUUAAAUUUAUUAAUCUCUGUUCUACA